AUGUCUUCUAUUCUUUUUCUUCUGGAAUUUAUAUUUAGUUUUUAUUUUCCUUCUUGGUGUUUUUUUUUUCUUUUCUUUUUCUUUGUUUCUUUUUCAUUCUUUCAAAUAUUUUUAUUCACGUUCGUUUCUUUUUUUCUUUCAUUUGUUCAUUGUUUAUUUCUGUUUUCUUCUUUUCUAUCUAAUUUCUUCUCUCUUUGCAACCGAAUUCUUUAUCAUUCUUUCGAAUUUCAUUUCUUUCAUUAUUUUCUUUCUUUUUUUCUAGUUCCUUCAUCGUUGGCAUUUUUUCUUCUUCUUCAAAACAUUUUCUUUCCUUCUUUCUUUUUUCUUUCCGUCAUUAUUUUUUUAAACAUUUUCUUCCAUUCUUCACUUGGGUUUUUCCUUCCUUUGCCAUUGCUAUAUGUACUUUCUUUCUUUCUCUCUUUCUUUCGUGCUAAUUUCUUCUUCAUUUUGCAAACUUUUUCAUUCCUUCUUUCUUUCUUUUUUCUUUCCUUCUUUAUUCAUUCAAAUACUUUCUUCCUUUCUUCACAAGGCUUUUUCCUUCCUUUGUUACUACUAUUUCUUCUCGCCUUUUUUCGAGAUUCUUUCGUUCAUUCUUUCUUUCUCUCUUUCUUUCUUUCUUUCUUUCUUUCUUUCUUUAUUUUUUUUUCUUUCUUUCUUCCUUUAAUUCUUUCUUUCUUUAUUCCUUUCUUUCUUUAUUCCUUUCUUUCUUUUCGAUGCUGUUUCUAUAUGUUUUGUAUUGACCAGGAGAUUCUUUUGUUGUUUCUUUCUUUCUUUCUUUCUUUAUUUAUUUAUUUAUUUUCUUUGUUUUUUCCUUUAAUUCUUUCUUUCUCUAUUCCUUUCUUUCUUUAUUCCUUUCUUUCUUUAUUCCUUUCUACACAUUUCCUGCAUACUUUCUUUUACCUCCAGAUCUUACCUCCCCGCCAUCAUUCCUUUCCCAUUUUCCAAUUUACCGUUUGCAAACUCCCUCCGUAUCUCAUCUCCCAAAUCAGCCAAUCUUUUCGCUUGGAAACACAAAUUGUUGGCCAUUCACGAGCAAAUCCCUUAUUGAAUCACUUUCCAUCACACUAG